CGAGGACGAGGGAGGAUUGCAGUUUGAAAGACAGCGACUGGACAGCUGUGUUUGCUGUGGUAUUUUUAAAUGCAUUAAUGCAGGCUCCAAUCACCCGGCUGCGCUUGACCUAUUUUUGGCUCAGGCCAGCCAUUGUUCUAUUUCUGCCGCCUCUGGGCCACGCUGUUGUUGAUUCAAAUGCAAAUGAGUUGUCACUGCCCAGGCCAACUCCAGCAGCGGGACCUGGGAACGGCUGCGGGACAGCAGUGCGGCGGGGGGACCGCAGCCGGACCCCGGGGAUCGGUUCCCGUUGGGUGCUUGUGCUUAGUGUGAAGCUGUGUUUCCCCACGCACACUGCCAGAAAGCACCGAGAUACUUCUUUGAUUCUUCAUCCACCUGCUGUUGGCUCCCAGAGCACAACUGGUGAAACUCUGAGGUGCACAGCCCAGCAGGCGCUUCUUGCCCUCCCACUGCUGUGUAAAGUGGAUUUUGCCUUUUCUCUCCUAAUAGAUACUUGUACAAAUGCUUAAACACUGCUAAUUACUGAAGUGUACUGUCUGACGAGUCCGGCUGGAGGAGGUAGGACGGCAGAGGGUCGUGGCUGACUCCCCUGUGCAAGUGCCGUGAUGAAUCUCUCGUGUAGCUGAAGUGCAGACUGGUUGGAAUAUGCUGCAGACAAUUUACGAGAGUGAAUCGUGUUUUUCCUCAGAUGGGGUUUCUGGACGUGAACAGCUCUUGGCUCAGCAAAGAAUGCACAGUAUGAUCAGCUCAGUGGAUGUGAAGUCAGAGGUUCCUGUGGGAUUAGAGCCUAUCUCACCAUUAGACUUACGAACUGAUCUCAGGAUGAUGGUUCCCAUGGUGGACCCAAUUAUGCGUGAAAAGCAGCUACAGCAGGAGCUACUUCUGAUCCAGCAGCAGCAGCAAAUUCAGAAACAACUGCUGAUUGCAGAGUUUCAGAAACAGCAUGAAAACCUGACCCGCCAGCACCAGGCCCAGCUCCAGGAGCACAUAAAGUUACAACAGGAACUCCUAGCCAUUAAACAGCAGCAAGAACUUCUCGAAAAAGAGCAGAAACUGGAGCAACAGAGACAAGAGCAGGAACUGGAGAGGCAUCGCAGGGAACAGCAGCUUCCUCCCCUCAGAGGCAAAGAAAGAGUCCGAGAAAGGGCAGUAGCCAGUACAGAAGUGAAGCAAAAACUUCAGGAGUUCCUGUUAAGUAAAUCAGCAACAAAAGACUCUCCAGCAAAUGGAAAGAAUCAUUCCGUGAGCCGCCACCCCAAGCUCUGGUACACGGCUGCCCACCAUACCUCACUGGAUCAAAGCUCUCCACCCCUGAGUGGGGCCUCGCCGCCAUACAAAUACACUUUACCAGGAUCACAGGAUGCCAAGGAUGAUUUUCCACUCCGUAAAACAGCUUCAGAGCCCAAUUUGAAGGUACGCUCAAGGUUAAAACAAAAGGUAACAGAAAGGCGAAGCAGUCCUUUACUGAGGAGGAAGGAUGGAAAUGUUGUCAGCUCGUUCAAGAAGCGACUCUUUGAGGUGACAGAAUCCUCAGUCAGUAGCAGCUCCCCUGGAUCAGGUCCCAGUUCCCCAAGCAAUGGUCCAACCAGCAGUAUAACAGAAAGUGAAACCUCGGUUUUGCCAUCUAGCAUUCAAGCUGAGCAUCUGGUUUCACAGCAACGCCUUUUGAUACAGGAUGAAUCAGUGAACUUGUUGAGUCUGUACACGUCCCCUUCUUUGCCCAACAUUACCUUGGGACUUCCAGCUGUACAAUCUCAAAUCAGUGCUUCAUCAUCAUUCAAAGAAAAGCAGAAGGGAGAGACCCAGACACUCAGACCAGGAGUGGCCUUGGCUGGACAGUAUGGGGGGAAUAUUCCCCCCUCUUCAACUCAUCCUCAUGUUGCUUUGGAGGGAAAACCAAACAGCAGCCACCAGGCUCUCUUGCAACAUCUGUUACUGAAAGAACAGAUGAGACAACAGAAACUUCUUGUAACUGGAGCGGUUCCUCUUCAUCCCCAGUCUCCUUUGGCAGCAAAAGAAAGAGUCUCACCUGGCAUAAGGGCUGCCCACAAACUGCCUCGCCACAGGCCUCUGAAUCGAACCCAGUCAGCUCCUCUUCCUCAGAGCACUUUGGCGCAGCUGGUCAUCCAACAGCAACAUCAACAGUUUUUGGAGAAGCAGAAACAGUACCAGCAACAGAUCCACAUGAAUAAGAUGCUCUCCAAAUCCAUUGAGCAGCUAAAGCAGCCUGGCAGCCACCUGGAGGAAGCUGAAGAAGAGCUGAAUGGAGACCACUCAAUGCAGGAGGAGCGAGCUCCCGCUAGUGGGGCCAGCAUUAGGGCUGAGAGCAGCAGUGCUGGUGAGGAUGACAGAAUAGGACAGCAGGCGGGGGCUGUGAAGGUCAAAGAGGAGCCACCGGACAGUGAUGAGGAUACUCAAACCCAGCAAAUGGAAUCUGGGGAGCAAGCUGCUUUUGUGCAACAGGAGUUCCUGGCGCAUCAGCGUGUCCACCAGUUGCAAAUCUACCAGGCUCAGAUGGCUACAGUUGGCAUGGCGGGAUUAGAUAAACAUCGGCUGGUGUCCAGGACUCCAUCUUCCCCCACUGAUUCCACAUUACCUCACCCAGCUGUGGACCAGCCCAGCCAGCAUGUCUACACAACUGGUGUUGUGUAUGACAGCCUGAUGCUGAAGCACCAGUGUAUGUGUGGCAACUACGCUAAUCACCCUGAGCAUGCUGGAAGGAUCCAAAGCAUCUGGUCAAGGCUGCAAGAAACUGGGCUGCUAAACAAGUGUGAGCGAAUUCGAGGUCGAAAAGCCAGUCUGGAGGAAAUACAGCUGGUUCACUCUGAACAUCAUUCACUGCUGUAUGGCACCAGCCCCCUGAACAGACAGAAGCUGGACCCCAGGAAACUCCUAGGAAACGUGUCUCAAAAACUCUUUUCCUUGCUGCCUUGUGGAGGACUUGGGGUGGACAGUGACACCGUUUGGAACGAACUGCACUCGGCUGGGGCGGCACGCAUGGCAGUGGGCUGUGUCAUCGAGCUGGCGGCCCGUGUGGCCUCCAGGGAGCUGAAGAAUGGUUUUGCUGUUGUAAGGCCCCCAGGCCAUCAUGCUGAAGAAUCAACAGCCAUGGGGUUCUGCUUUUUUAAUUCGAUUGCAAUUACUGCCAAAUACUUGAGAGACAAGCUAAAUAUAGGCAAGAUAUUGAUUGUAGAUCUGGAUGUUCACCAUGGCAACGGUACACAGCAGGCUUUUUAUGCUGACCCCAGCAUCCUGUAUGUUUCCCUCCAUCGCUAUGAUGAAGGCAACUUCUUCCCUGGCAGUGGAGCCCCAAAUGAGGUUGGAAGUGGCCCAGGUGAAGGUUUUAAUAUAAAUAUUGCUUGGACAGGUGGUUUGGAUCCUCCCAUGGGAGAUGUUGAAUAUCUUACAGCAUUCAGGACUGUGAUUAUGCCAGCUGCCAAUGAGUUUGAUCCAGAGAUUGUCCUGGUAUCAGCAGGAUUCGAUGCCGUGGAAGGCCACGACCCUCCACUGGGUGGCUAUAAAGUCACAGCUAAAUGUUUUGGUCACCUAACCAAGCAAUUGCUGAAGCUAGCGGACGGACGUGUCGUGCUGGCACUGGAGGGAGGACAUGACCUUACUGCCAUCUGUGAUGCAUCUGAAGCCUGUAUAAAUGCCCUUUUAGGAAAUGAGCUGGAGCCUCUCCCGGAAGAUAUUGUGCACCAAAUCCCCAAUAUGAAUGCAAUAGCUUCUUUAAAAAAGACCACUGAAAUUCAAAGCAAGUACUGGAAGUCAGUGGAGCCAUACUCUGUGCCAGUGGAUUGUGCUCUGGCUGAGUCUCAGAAACGAGAGAGGGAGGAGACAGAAACGGUGUCUGCUAUGGCCUCCCUUUCAGUGGAUGUUGAGCAGUGCUUUCCUCAGGAAAGCAGCAGAGCUGCUGGCGAGCCCAUGGAAGAAGAGCCAGCCUUGUGAAGUGCCAAGUCCUCCUUGAUAUUUCCUGUGGGUGACAUCAUUGUGUAUCCCCCCAAAGCACCCUCAGACAUGUCUUGUCUGCUGCUUGGGUGGCAUGGAUCAGAUGGAACAUAAACACUGGGCACAAAGUUCUGAAUAGCAGCUUCACUUGUUCUUUGGAUGGACUUGAAAGGGCCCUAAAGAUUCCUUAAAUGUAACCGCUACAAUUGUAGAGUUACAGUAAAACAGGCUUGGGAGAAAGAGCCUAGAGCAUGCUUUUUAUAUGCUGUUCGACCCGCUCACCACCAUCGAUUGUGAAAUAGAGUAUUACAAAAUUCUACACGAUAGAUUAUAGAUAUGAGUUGCAACAGCCAGCAAAAUACUUGGUAAACUCCAUGAAUCACUUUCUGACACUUUUUACUGGGUGAUUUUUUUCAUACUGUGUUAAACUGUUAAUAGAAAUUGUUUUCUUUGCUCCUGUAAUGAAAAAAUGAAAAGAAAAAAAAAACCCUUUAUUUUAUGUGCCGUUUUUUAAACCCCUGUAAUGAGUUCUUAGCAGAACAAGAGAAAGGUGUGUAAACUGAAAUGAGGGAUUUUAGUUACAGGGAAAGCACUUCUUAUUGUACUAUAAAUCCCCCCAAAGUACUGUGCUUGGUGGUUUUUUUUUCCCUUUUAUUUUUAUUUUCCCUUCCCCUGGCCAUCUCUCCCCAUUUCCUGUAACCUUUUCUAUCAUAAAAACACAUUCACGAUUCCCUAAAAUGAGUGAUCUUCUGUCUUUAAAAGACUGCUGUACCCGCCAUAGUUGACAGUAGCUCUCACCAGAUGUGCAGCAGAGAUCAAGUAGUCUGAAAAAUAGAUGGCUUUCCAAAUGUGUUUUCAUUUUAUUCUGAAAUGUUUCUGCAUCCUGGCUCUAAGAACAGCGAUCCGAAGCAACUGCGUGCAGCUCAUUUGAAGCCUCAGGUGUUUCUGUGGAGUUUGUUGGGGGUGUUUUUUUACAGGUUGUCUUGUGAAUACAAACUGAUUCUUUUAUGUAGUCCUGCACUGAGAGAGCUGACA